CCCGGCAUCCACUUCCGGGGCGCCGCUGUCAGCUGCCCCCUCCCGCUGGCCGGCGGCAGCCUCCAGGCCGGUGCCGGGAAGGCCGUAGCCGUGAGGGCGGGCGUGCCCCGCCGCUGGCCAGCCGGCAGCCCUUCCGGGGCGGGGGGGGUGGCCUCUGUUGGGACGUCGCGGGAGCGCGUGAGGGGCCGAGGGGGUCCGCAGUCCGCAUCCGGGUCACCGGGCGCUUCCGGCUUGAGCGGCGGCGGGUCCCGGGCGGCUGGCGCGGCCCGGCGCGGAGCGAAGAGUUGCCAUUACUGAAGAUUCUUAAUGCCAGAUAAUCAACCUACUGCCGAAUAACCAUGAAAGAGACGAGGUAGCUGCCCAAGUGUGAGAUAAAAACUGAUUUCAAUGGAUACAAAAUAUAAAGACGAUUUAUUUAGGAAGUAUGUACAGUUCCAUGAAUGCAAACUGAAUGCCUCUGACAACAAGCAGCGUCCUAUUAAUGAUGAGUAUUUGCGAGUGGCAGCGGCAGCCUUACUUUGCCUUCCCAAAAUUGAUCCCUUUUAUAGAUUCCGGCUGAUAAAAUUUUAUGAGAUGGCUGAAAACUCACUGAGAUCUGUGAAAUCCUCAAGUUUACAUUCUCUCCAUAAUGCAUUCAGCAUGCUCGAGACAGUUGGAAUUAAUCUCUUUCUUUACCCCUGGAAAAAGGAGUUCAAAAAUAUUAAGACCUACACUGGACCCUUUGUUUAUUAUGUAAAGUCUGCUCUAACUGAAGAUGAUGUAAGGCAGAUUUUGAACUACAUGGGCUAUGUCCAAGAACUGGGGACAAUGUAUAAGCUCAAAGAGCAGGUUGAUGCCAUUCAAGUGAAAAUGGUUUCAUUUGAACUCUUUUUGGCCAAAGUGGAAUGUGAGCAGCUUCUUGAAAUUCACUUGCAAGUGAAGGACAAAGGUUAUUCAGAGAUUGAUGUCAUAAAUGAACGAAAAAAUAGCAAUGAAGAUGUUAGAGGCUGCUCAGAAGCCAUGAAACGGCGUGUAGAGUGCAAAGAAAACUUAAACACUUCCAUGGCACGAAUGGUACUCCAGAAAUCAGCGAGUGAACGGGCCUCUAAAGAUUAUUUCAAGCCAAAGGUGAGCAAGCCUUCUAAAUCAGUGGACACAUAUGAUAAUUAUUGGGAAAGUAAGAAACCACCUUUGAUGAGCUCACUGAGUCUCAGGAAAGAACCAAUUUUAGUUGAUGCAGAAGAUGACAUCAAAGAUGAAAUUAUCCGUCCGUCACCCUCUCUUCUGACAAUGUCAAGCUCCCCACACGGGUGUUCAGAUGAAUUCUUGCCAACUUCAUCUCAUCACAAUGGCAUGCUAAGAACAAAUGUCCCUUACAGCUCCUAUUUUUCUGCUCAAGAGGACUUAGAUUUAUAUACUGAUCCCGAUUCUAGAAGUAUGUUAAAUUUUAAAAGACAAGAAGCUAUUAAGCCUGAUGUAUGGCUGUUAAAAAAUGAUGCCAACCCCGUUUACCACAAACGCACCCACCUAGCCAAAGAGACAGCUUCCCUCAAGUGCCAAAACUGUGGCGUACCUUGUGGCACUUCUGUUUGCCAAAAGUGUGACAAUCUGUUCAACUCUAGGCAGGAAUACCCAGCAGUGAAACAGAGCACCUAUUCAAUCAAACCACUUCCGAAUGAUGGCUUGUCUCCUGCGUCUGCUUUAAGGGAGAAAUCUCAGUACACAUCACAGACUCAGACUCAAGAGAGAGCUGCUCAAUUCAGUUCAAAAUCCAAACCUUCAGGCACCUCGCGCUGCGGCUUUUGUAACCGAUCUGGAGCUGCAAACACUUGCACGUUUUGCUCAAAAGUCUCAUGUGACACUUGCCUCAAUGCUUACUAUUAUGAUCCCUGCUGUAGAAAAAGCGAGCUUCACAGAUUCAUGCCUAACAAUCAGUUAAACUAUAAAUCAUCCCAGCUGUCCCAUGUAGUUUACAGAUAGACUUGAUUAGUCUGUUUUGGAGGGGAAGGAAGGGGGGAGGGGAAAGGGCUAUCCUAACUAAUGUUCUGACUCCAUUGAUAAGAAAAUACACUGACCUCUUACCAAAAUGACAUGUCCAAAUAUUUGGAACCAUGGUUCAGUGAUCAGGUGCCAGUUCUUGAUUUUUGUGGCUUCACAGAUGCUGCAGAUACAUUAGAUUUCAUGCUGCUAUAAUUUAGGUAACUCCUGAAUGAUUAUUACUUUUCAAUUUAAAUGGGGGAGAAGAGCACAUUUUCCUUUAAAACUUGGCAGCUGUUGUAUUUUAGAAAAGUGACAUCACACCUUUCUAUUACAUUGCAGUCAUCUCCUUGCCCAAAUAAAACCAUGCAAGGCUUGAAAAUGAAGUCUAAAAAUUAAGAUUCUCAUUUUCUAUGAGUGAUGAAACUACUGCCAGUUUUUGAUAAAGUAUGACUUCAAAAUGUGCAAGAAGUAUGUGAAUGGCUUGUUUUGCCAACAAGGACUAUUUUUUGACGUGUGUCUGCAUUUCUUGAUCUCCAAAAUGCAAACACCACAGCAUCUCUUCCUUUCGUCUUUAUGUUUCUUCCUUCUCCCCUUAUCUCCCGGUUGUUUAUCUCAAGUUUAUGUAAUCUGAAUCUGGACAAUACGUGCUUUAUUUUCUGGUGUUGCCAAUAUCAUCCUAAUGGUUUUUACUGUAUAGUAUUUUAAAAAGGUGAACCUGUAUUCAUGUCACUUAAAUUAUGCCUAGAGUGUUGUCCUUCCAGCUGAGUACUGAUUUUCUUUACUUUCUGUUGCACAUGUAUUAAGUACUGUUCUUUGUACUGUAAAUAGGUAAUUUGGAAACAGUUUAUUUUUAAUAAAUAUUUAAUAUGUUGAGUUCUUAAAAGUGGUAGAAUCAUUAUAACUAUGAAGUCUCUCUGGGUUAUUUGUUCAGGUGACUUUUUGUUCUUCCUUGUACUGUAUUUCAUAGCUUAUUAUAGUCACUGUGGCAGACUGAUGUUCUUGGCUCUGAUCAAUUUUUGCUUUUUAAUCUGACUUUUUUUUGCCCCUGAUAAGGCUAUCACUAGUCUAAGUGGAGUCUUGUCUAAGAAUUGCAGGAUUUUGGUUCUCGGUGCACGCUUUUCCUUUGUGGUUAUGGAAAUUGUAAGUAUAAAUGUUAUGUUGCUUCCAAAUUCACUGCAAAGUCUGUAGUGUAGUCCAGCAAGUAAAGCACUGGCCUGGUUAAAAAUCAGAGCUCAUUUGUGACUCCUGUUAAAGUAAACCCAUCAGUUAUGGAUGUGAAUCAGAUAAUAAUAUUUAUCUGUAUUACUGUAGCACAUAGGAACCCUAGCCGAGAACCAGGACUCCAUUGUGCUAGGCUCUGUACAGUUUGACCCCCAAACAACACCUGAUUAUGAAUAGGCUUUAGUUUUUUUAUUAAAAGGAAACCCACAAGAAUCCUUCUAACUUCCUUAUUCCAACUAGCUAGUUAGAACAAAGUAUCAGGCAACCUAACCUGAUGUGCAGAAUUAAAUGUGUUUAAAAUAUCUGUAAAGAACUCUAGCUGAGAUGUAAACUAUGUAGUCCACUUUGCACUAAAAUUAUUCACUUAAGGUUUUUUAAAACACUGUUAAGAGUCUAGGCUUCUAAACUUAAAUGUCCAUUGAUCCCUGUGUGACAGAAACAUGCAUGAAUGAUCGUUUGUCUUACAUUUUUUUGGGUGGGGGGAGGGCUUGAGUUAGGUAGAGGGGGAAACUAUAGGCUAACGUUGUAAAAUAGCUAAAAUAAUUUUAGCCAUAAAUGGGUGUCAGAAGUAUUAUGGAAAUAAGAUGAAACCUGAGUCUUACAGAGGGCUGAGAACAAUAAGUUACUGUACAGUUUGCACUAAGAAACAAAGUGAAUGGCCUGUGUUUAGCAAUCAGGGAAAUUUCUGAAGUAAGUGACUGCAACUGAACAUAAUGUUAUAGGCAAGUGUUGCCUUGCUGACCCUGAAGGUUGGGGUGAAUAUUGUUUAGGUGAAUGAUUUUAAGGUUUUCAAAAUCUUGUAUGGUUUUUUAUAAAUAUAUAUAUAUAUAAAUAUGACACAAAUGUAGAUACAUUAUGUAUAUAGUGAAGAACUUAAAAGCAAUUUUACUAUUAAAGUACAGUCUAAGGGUGGUUUUCAUUUUGGUGGUUAUGUUGUUUUUGUUCAUCUUCUGAAGUGUCAUGCCUGUUUGGCUGCUAUACAGUGUAUCUUCUAGUUCACUAGUUCAAUUUCCAUAUGGCUACUCACACUACAGUGAAUAACUAAAACUGUGAUGCCACGUAAUUUUUACGGUGAACAUAGCAGGGACUAUACUUGCUUUGAAAAAGAAAAGUCCUGUGUAUAUAUGUCAUGGAAUACUGUAGUACAAAACUGUGUUGAAUUGAAGUGAUACCAUGCUCUAUUUUUGUGUAUCUUACUGUAUGAGGUUGCUGUGAUUGAUACAGUAAAAUAUAUGCUAAUUUAAAAUGCAGGUGUUUUGCAUCUGAUUUGUUUAUAUUAAUUUAUGUUUUGAAGGAAUUUAAAAAUAAAGAGGCCUUUAAGAAAAGGCUUAACUCUUUUCUUAAA